GUGCCUCCAUUGGUUGAAGAUAAAUUGGCGGCAUGUACCCGGGUUCGUUGAUACGAUAAAAUGGCGUUCUCCGAAGCGGCUAGAAAACAGUGAGGGAAAGGAGUGCAAGCAACAGCCUUUCGUGGAGAGGGUCGAAUCCCCGCGGGAGGCGGUGGAAGUGUUACAUCGCGGGGCACGAUAGUCGGCAGCGCCAGCGCGUUGUGGUGUGUCGGUCGGUAGUGGUCGUCGGCUCGGGAUUUGCCCCCUCGCCGCCAUGCCAGUGGUUAGUGUAGUCAACCAAACAUCAUGAUGUGGCAAUACGUUAGCGCUGGUUGAAUUCAAUAAUAAUAAAAAAAAAAUCCUGAUAAAAUCAGAUUAAAAGAAAAAAAAAUCAGCCCCGACACCAGUGCCCUCCCGAGACCUGGGUCAACCCCAAAAUUGUGAUUAAUCAGCUGCCCGUGUCACAGUGGUGUUCGUGAUUUUUAACAAAAUAAAGUCAGUUUACGUGAAAUAUUGUGAAUUGACAAAACACCGACUGUUGUUCGUGCAUGCCCUCAGUCCGGCUGUACAUGACCCUGAAUAAACUACAAAAAAUUAGUCCCACAUUCUCGUAAACAUACUGUGUAUGCUCGCCGGUGAUGGGACAAUGUCACAUGGAGCGGAUUAUCGUCAAUUCAUGACGAGAUAAAAACCAACGAAAAACCUGGUAAACUGCGAAGAGCCAGUGGAAGGUGCGGGCGGGAACAUCCUCUCCUCUCGCACCUCACUGAAUUGCCAUCACCCCACGACUGGAGAUCAUCUGCCUCCCAGUCAUCGUACCCAUCACGACACGAUGCUGGAUCCAAGUGUACUCACAGACCUUGAGGAAUUGACUCUGUGUGGUUACUGCAAGUUAAAGUACAACGACGACGAUCAAUGCCCGAAAUACUUGAGUUGUAAGCACUACUUUUGCUUGCGCUGCAUUGAGAAUAAUUUACUCAAGGGACGUGAAUUAUUCUGCGCACACUGUUGGAAGAGAACUGAACUCGGUGAUCAGGGACCUGAUGCAUUACCGACAAAUUCACCACUAUUGGCACUGGCCAAUCAUUUUUCCUACCUCAAGAGAAGUAGUAAUGGCACAACUGUUAAGCCAGUGGAGAAAGAGAGAAAGAGCGAAAAUUGCCACACACAUGGUAUGCCCCUUGCCCUCUGGUGCACAACGUGUUGCGCAUCACUGUGCCGAGCCUGCGCGACACCACAGGAUCAUCCUGGCCAUCAGAUCAAGACUCAAACGGAUGCCAAAGAUCAACUCAUCUCCGAUGUUCAGCUGGAACUAGUAACAAUGGGAAAGUUAUCAGCGGAGAUUCAGCGUCUUGCGAUGCAGCAACGAGACUUUUUGAUAAAAGUUCUAGAAGCGUGCGUAACCCUGAAGACUCACGUGGAGACGGACCUUCAAAAUGGCUGGACCCAUCUCCCAGAGAUAUCAGACGCCCGAGAGAUUCUGGGAAAAGCAAAAGCAAGUCUCCAAGUGAGUGACAAUCCCUCCGACGUCUACACCCUUCACGCCCAACUAGCCAUGGAAAAGCAACGACUUCAAUCGAAGUACCAGGAGAUGAUGUUGCAGUGUCAAUUGGACGAUUUAAUCGGAAAUUCAGGUGUAGUCUUCGAUUUUGCUUUACUAAAACAGGCCCUGGCAGGAAUUCACUCGGGUGAACAGAUCCUUCCGCCGGGUGGAAAUGGAAGAGCCCCGAAUCACGUAGCAGCAGCUCAAAAUCCCAUUUUAUUUCUCGCUAAUUACUGCAUGUCACAGCUGUACUCUCGUCACGUUGUCAGCAAGCAGCACAUUCAGAAUGGUUCGAUAGACUAUCAUCACGUGAAUAUGAUGCCUCCGAAUUCUAUACAAAUUCAUCCCGUUUCCCUGCCACCUCAACCUCAAACCGCCCAAUUACUGAUUCAGCCUGGCUCACCUUCGUUAACAACUGUGCCAGUUCCCAAUUCAAUACUUCAACCACAAAACGCAUACAUUCAGGAUACAAGCCCAGGAAGCGGGAGCAAUGGCCCACCACUAGUGUCAGUUCUCUCACCCACUCAGAUAAACAACAACAACAUCACCCUGAGGGCUCCUCCCAACCCCUACCCCAUGUACUAUUUCAAUAUCGAAGUGAAUGGCUCGCCCCAUGGGAGAAUUGUCAUCGAGGUACGACCAGAUGUUGCACCAAAAAUGGCCAAGAACUUCAGUGUUCUAGCAACUGGUGAAAUUGGUGUUGGCUACAAGGGCUGCUCUAUCUUCCAGUGCUGGGAGGGUGAGUCCAUUAUCACUGGAGAUUUUGAGCUUAAUAAUGGAAGGGGUGGAAGAAGUAUCUUCGAGGAUGGUUACUUCAUGCCAGAUGACACGAAAUUUCCAGCUGUCAGAGGGGCUGUUGGUAUGCGAAGAACCCAGAAGCGUCACGAUAACAUGGGAAUGGUUGGCUCACAGUUUAGAAUUAUUCUCCAGGAGAUGAGGGGCUUCACUGGUAUAUUUGGGCAUGUUGUCGAGGGGCUUGAGUUAAUUGAGAAAAUUUCCACUUACGGCGAUCAGACUGUAGACCUGCUACCAUAUUGUCGCAACUCCUAUAAACGCCAGUGCUUCAAAGGAUUUAAGGACCGCAACUCCGUGGUAAAUGUGUGAAUUUAGAGAAGAGGAAGAAUAUGUUAUAUCUGCGUAUAAUUGACAUUGCAAUAAAUAUUGUAUGGAAAAAAAUGUUUUGAAUUGUGGAACAAACGAGGGAAAAUAUUUUAAAGUCUCUGGGAAACCGUUUGUUAUAUUAUAAGAUAAAAAUGUAACCACGAAUACUCGCGCGUUCAUUGAAAAAUGAAAAUAUAAAUAUUACAUGUACGUGGCAUUACUGUAUACAAAAUGAUAAAAUCCAUAACAGGACAGUAAAAGUCCAGUACAAAGUACAUAAAAAGUAUUCACACGAGUACCGAAAAAUACAUAGUAACCGUUUCAAUUUUCAGGCCACGUCGUCUACAAUGCCUUCUACGAGGAUAAACCUCACUCUAUAUUGAACUUGAAAGUUCCAAAGCAAAUUUGUUGAUUAAAUGGUAAAUGUAUUUAAUGUGCGACGAACAACAAAUGAAAACGACGAAAAAUAAUCGACAAAAAAUAACUAACGAAGAAAAACGAGAUCGCUGGCUACACAUAAGAAAGAAUGAGGAGAUGAUAAAGCGUGUGUCGUGAUUAGAAUAUUAAGAAAAAUAAAAAAAAUGUGAAAUUUAUUCCAAAGCGAGCAAGACGAUAUGUGCUAGUAUAUUUUUCGAGCUCCGACAUAUAGCACCAGCGCCAAAAAAAAUUAAUAUCGAGAUGAAUAUAUUACGAUCCCACUGGGAAUGGCGUGUUCUCCCACCUGUAUAUAGAUAUAUUUUUAUGAACGAGACGAGGUAAUGUGUAGCUUAUACAAAACUAGACAGAUACAUUGGAACAACGGCUAGUCCUCGUCCUCACAAAACGAAAAAAGAAAAAAAAACUGCAGCAAACCACUAACGAAAAUAACGAAAAUACCGUAAUGAAACGAUUAGUUUGUCUGCAUUUUCCAUUGCUAUUGUGUUAAUUAUUUCGAUCAUUAUGUUAUUUUGUUAAGGGACCUAUCCGUACUUCCGUUGAUAUUUUCUGCGCAUGAGAUAAUCUUAUUACUCGAUGUACUUGAAAAGAAACCGGUCGAUUUGGUUCAUAAACUACUUGAUUUCGUUCAGCA